AUGCCAAAUAGUGCGAUUUGGAGAACACUUCGAUUUGUUUUUAGUGUGAAAAUUGUGCUUAUUUUUCUGGAGCACAUCCUUAAACUGUCCGCUCAUUUGAAGAGAGUGUUGACUGCGCAGACCCUGAAGCGAUCCUUAGCAGCUGGAUCUCUUAUUUACCUAUAUCUCUGUGCUCUUUUCUUAUUCCACAGCAACAGAAUUUCUGUGCUACACCGAAAUGAUCAAUUGAAAAUUUCAUCAAAAAGUGUUCUUACUACAAAUCAAGGAGACUUACAUGGUAGGUCAGAUUUUGUUUUGAACGAUAAGAAAUCAGUGCGCACACAACUUAGUUACUUGCAACCAAAUUUUUCAAUAGAACUUGAUCCUGUGAACCUUUGGAUCGAAACUAGGAGUAAACUGUGCAAUGGUAAUUUCAUCGGUUACAGAAACUUGUUCGCCCACUUGAAGCACGUGCAACUAAAUCCCCGACGUUCAUUUGGAAAAAAGGGCGGGGAAACUUUAGAAAAGGUCAUAGGUCAACCAGAAAAGUACGAGUAUCUGAGCCUAGAGAAAGGUUAUUUCAAAUUAAGUUGUCAAGGCCGACGAAUUGUGUAUGAUUUUUAUAAAAAAGAUCACUUGAAGCUCUGGCUCUCGGCUGUCAAAGCGACCACGGACAACGACAUCGUACGUCCAAAGAAUAAUAAUUUCACAAUUGCAGUAACUCGGUACGAAUAUGCAAAUUUGUAUCAUGUUAUGACAGACUGGUUCAAUGCAUUUCUGAUGCUUUUGAUUUUUAAAAAGGAGCCUGAAUCAACUUCGAUUCUUUUGAUUGAUAGCCAUCCUGUUGGUGGUUUGGAUAGUGUUUGGACUACGCUUUUUGGUCACGUGACCCGGGCAGGUCACAUGACAGAAAUCACUACAUAUAAAGAUAUGGUAUGGAGCAUAACUGGAUAUAAUAGUCUGUUAAAUCAACAUUCUUUGCCCCACGUACCAUAUCUAGAAGAAUUCCGAGAAUUUUUCCUUAGUGGAUACGGUAUUAAAGACAGCAGAAAAUUAAACUGUCAAAAAUUGUCUAUUUUAUUCAUAUGGCGGAAAGAUUAUGUUUCUCACCCAAGAAAUCCUAAGGGAAUGAUCAAGCGAAAGAUAAGGAAUGAAAUGGAGUUACAAAGAGCCGUUCAACAAGUUUUCCCGUACUACAAUGUCACAGGUGUGCAGAUCGAUUCACUUCCUAUGUCGGAGCAACUUCAUCUGAUCGCCAACACUGACAUACUGGUGGGGAUGCACGGGGCGGGGCUGUCCUUCACCCUCCUUCUCCCCAGACAUGCGUCACUCAUAGAACUCUUCCCCCGAUACCUCUCUACUAAGAACAACCAUUUUAGAGCUAUGGCAAAGUGGAGAAAUCUUCAUUAUCUAAGAUGGCAAAACAGGAACCCACAAAACGAGUUUCCAAAUUUUUACACUUAUAUACCAAUUGAUGUAGUAGUGGAUAAAGUCAACCAGACUGUAAAUUAUAAAUGUGAAAACUGGAUGCGGUCUUGA